AUGGACAGUCUUGGUCUUCGAGGCGAAUUGUGCGACUUGUUUUGUGCUGUUCUGAUCGGUUACACAAGGACACCACAACAGAGGGCGCUACAACACUUAAUAGAGACAGCGGCGCGGAACAAUUAUGGAUUCCUAAUGGAUUUUGUUGAAGAUAACGGGUCAACAGAUGAAAAUAUAGUCGAGACGUUCCUACAUGAUGAUAUCAGUUGGGGUCUAAUCGUCAUUGUGUUGGCUAUAUUUCGUGUGGCGCGACCUAACGCAAGACCGACUACCGUGUCUAUUUUGCUCACUUCAAGA